AUGCAUAUGAAAUCAAAUUAUCAUACCCUCAGAAGAAAAAAUUUUAAAUUCAAAGACCGAAAUCUUUCCUUUGACAGUAAAAGCUCAGUAUUUGAAAGUUUCCAAGAAAGCUCUGAUCAAUCUAAUGCCCUAAAAUCAUAUUAUUACGACCAAGAAGGGAAGAUAAGCUUCAAUCCUCUUCCUUAUAGGCUCACAACAACUCAUCCAGAUGAGCCUCUUAAAUACAGAAAUCCAGGCUCAAAACCAGUUGUGAAAUUAGUCAGACCUCCUGCUUCUUUUUUUAAUACCCAAACUAACUUCGACAAUUCAUUUUCUAAAGACGUUCAAUUAUUGGACAAAUCAAUAUGAUCAAAAGAAAUAUUCGUUAUGAAAGAUGGAACAAAAGUAAUUGAAGGGGAGCAAUUACCGGGAUUCACAUAUAAAUUCAAAAAUGAUAUAAAAAAUAAGUUUCAAAAGCAGAUUGAUUUGAGUUUAUUUUUCAACAAAUGCAACCAGGAAAUUAAAUGCAAAAAUAAGCUGAAAUUUCUUUUUACAACGCAUGGGAAAUUAUUAAGAUCGUUGGAUGAAAUUCCCAGAGACUCUAAGGUGGUAUUGGUUAGUGAUAAAACUGAAUUUUUAGGACUAAUUGAAACGCAAUCAAGUUCUAUUAAAAAAUCAUUUGAAAGUAUAAAACUUAAGACGACUCCGACUUAUAGAUCAAUCAAAAGACUAGGUCUUUGAGAAACAGAAUUUUCUGAUAUGGAAAAGUCAGUUGUGGAUCUCGUAGAAAGUAGAUUUGCCAGUGUUGAUAAAGGAUAUUCUUCAUGCCAUAGAAAAAAAGGAACCAUUAAUUUUGAUACCUCCUCUGAAGAUAAAAAAGAUGCUAUUAAUUCUUUACGUAAAAGAUCAUGAAAGACUAUGCUGAAACCGAUCAAAAGCCAAAAAAAGCCAAAGGCUAAGCUUCCUCGGCAUGAAAUUUUAAAUGAGCUGAAAGUAAAAAUGGGAGAGGCUGUAUUAAAAAUUGAUAAAGAAUUUCCCAAACUUUCUUCGGAAAUUUCAGAACUGACUAAAAAAUUUAGCUUUUCUGAAGGAUAUUUACACAAAUUAUAUGCUCAAUAUAAAACUCUUACUUCCCCGCUCCUUGAAAGAAACAAAACUAUUGGAAAAAUCCCUAUUGUUUGGGCAAAAACCCACCCUUGAGAGAUCAAAAAAUUUUUUAAUAUAAAUUUUUUUAUUAUAAUUAACCUCUAGCUAAUUCUUGUUAAUUUCAAACAGCUUGCAUUUUAAGACAUAAAUUUUAUAAUUAAAUUAAUUUUGCUUUGAAAAAUAAAAAAUUAUAUAUAAAAUUUUUUUUAUAACAAUGAGAAUAAAAUUUUUUGUUAGGGAGUUAUAUUACUUUCAAUUUCAGACGAAGAUAACUUCGAUAUCAAAAAGGGUCUAAAACGGUCUAUAUUUGUUGAUAAUUAUAAAAAAGGAUCAGAGCAAGGAGGGUUAUUAUUAGGCAGGAUUUUCGAUUCAAUAGAUACUGAUGGAGAUGGAUUCAUUAGUUGAGAAGAAUUUAUUAAGGCAAUGAGCGUUAUUUCAUAUGGGACACAUGAACAACAAAUUGAUUUGUUUUUUCAAAUUUAUGACGAAGAUCAUAGUGGAGGACUGUCGUAUGAAGAAAUUAUUCGGCUGUGCAAGCUUCAAAUGCAUUUCGCUAUACAAGACGAAAUUAUUGACUAUCUUGCUGAAAAUUUUGCAAAGAACUUAUUUGAAGUCGCUGGGGUUCCGAGAAAUGAGCAUAUUACCCCAAAAGAACUCAAAGAAAUUUUAUAUAAUCAGAAAGAUAGAAAUCUUGUUGAAAUGUUUUGCUCUUUUAAUUUAAUAUAA